AUGUUGUCAUCAUCAUCAUCAUCCGAUGAACUCGAAGAAAGAUUGGACGAAGUUUUCGACGAAAUCCUCGAAGAUACAUACAACGAUAUAGUGGAGGCCCAAACCAAUAAUCAACGGAGACGUGCUUAUGUAGAACGAAACCGUGAAGCAGACCACAACCGUUUAUGGAAUGACUACUUCAGCGAAGACUCGACAUACUCGGCACAGUUAUACAGACGGCGUUUCCGCAUGAACAAGGAUUUAUUCAUGCGUAUUGUCCAUGACCUCUCAGAGAACGUUCCGUUCUUUCAACAUAGACAAGAUGCAACCGGGAGGUUUGGUCUUUCUCCACUUCAAAAAUGUACGGCAGCAAUUCGUCAGCUUGCUUAUGGUUCUGCAGCUGACACGGUUGAUGAGUAUCUCCGACUUGGUACCUUAUACGAUAUCAAUGUCCUCGAUCGGUCUCCUGUUUUUGAUGACAUUUUAGAAGGUCGGACCCCCAGGGUAAAGUAUGUGGUCAACGGACACACGUAUUAG